AAUAAAGGUGAGAAGUGUCUCGAAGCAUUAAUCAGUAAAAGAAUGGAGAGAGACUUGCACUAGGUUGAAAUUGUUUACAGACAGUGUACUUAGAUGAAGUGUAGAGUUUUGGGUAAUCGUCUAUCUCCAAUUCCCGUUGUUGUCCUAUUCAACAUCCUUUGCAUCAGAGAAAAUCCGAGAAAAUAUCUCCUCGGACCAAUCAUAAAUAAUCUACACUAGAACUUUGAGGAUGAGAUAACAUUCUCUUCUUCUUAUCUUAAUAUAGAUGGCCCCAUGAGUGCCUAACUUAGUGACACUAAUUAGAGCGGCGCACAGACGUUAUACUAAUUGCUGCGAGAUGAAGACUGUAGUUUUUGCAUCGCAGCAAUGGCCUUCCUUUCUGGCAACAAUCGCCGUCGUGUUAACCUUCUUCCUCUUCUUCUUCAAGCUCUUCAAGAAGAAAGAUGUGUUGAAUUUGCCUCCUUCUCCACCGAGAUUGCCAAUCAUAGGCAACCUCCACCAACUAGGCUCGCUAGCUCAUCGUUCCUUGCAAUCUCUCUCAGAGAAGUAUGGGCCAGUAAUGCUUCUGCACUUCGGCGGAAAUGCCGCCAUUGUGGUAUCAUCAGCAGAGAUGGCUGGCGAGAUAAUGAAAACGCACGAUCAAAUUUGUGCAAGUAGACCACCGUCAAGCAUGGCCAAAAGGCUUUUCUAUGGUAGUAGUGUUGCCUUUUCACCCUACAGUGAGUAUUGGAGGCAACUUCGAAGGAUAAGUGGUGUUCACCUGCUGAGUCACAAGAGGGUCCAGUCGUUUCGAUCGGUGAGGGAAGAAGAGGUAUGUCUUAUAGUCGAGAAAAUUCGUGCAUCUUGCAAUGGCUCGGUGAAUUUGAGUGAGAUGAUUGUAAAUCUUACCAAUAAUAUUGUUUGUAGAGUGGCCAUGGGAAGGAAAUAUUUAGGAGAGGAAGGAGAAGGCUAUAAUUUUGGUGAGAUGCUGAAGGAGUUACUUACAUUGGCGGGAUCAUUUCCUGUUAGAGAUUUCAUCCCUUGGCUUGGCUGGCUUGAUAUAUUGAGUGGCCUUGAUGCAAGAGUAAGAAAGUGCUCUAGAGAAUUUGACGGGUUUCUUGAAAGAGUGAUAGAUGAACAUAAGCAUUAUAAGGUUAGUUCAAGAAAUGAUGAAGAGGAAAGCAACUUUGUGGAUGUGUUGCUCUCGCUAAAUGAGAAGGAUGGCAUGGCUGGCAUUUCUUUAACCAGAGACAAUAUGAAAGCCAUAAUUUUGGACAUGUUUGCAGCUGGGACAGACACAACAUAUACAGUAAUUGAAUGGGUGAUGGCAGAGCUCAUCAAGAAUCCAGAUGUAAUGAAGAGAGUACAAGAAGAGGUUCGAGGAAUUACUUUAUGUAGUGGAGAGAUCAAAGAGGAAAGCAUUGAUAGAAUGAAGUACUUGAAAGCAGUAAUUAAAGAAACUCUAAGGCUGCACCCUCCUGUUCCUUUGUUAGUUCCUCGAGAAACAAUGGAAGAAGUUGAACUACAAGGUUAUCAUAUUCCGGCUGGAACUAGAGUCAUUGUCAAUGCUUGGGCAAUUGGAAGGGAUCCAAGAUCAUGGGAUAAGCCUGAAGAAUUUUAUCCUGAAAGAUUUGUCAAUUGCGACAUUGAUUUUAAAGGACAAGACUUUAUGCUUAUACCCUUUGGUGCUGGAAGAAGAGGUUGUCCUGGAAUUGAAUUUGCUAUGGCUACAAUUGAAAUCACUCUUGCUCAUCUCUUGGGUCACUUUGAUUGGGAAUUGGCUGAUGAAAUGCAAGGAGAAGUUCUAGAUAUGAGUGAGUCACCUGGACUUACUGCUCCCAAGAGAUCCAGUCUUGUUCUUGUUGCUAAAUUGCCAAUCACUUAGCUUAAUACAAGUAACUUUAAUGUCUUAAAUUAUCAUCCUUCACUCUUGUAGUCCUAUUGAAAUAUGUAAUAAGAAGUGGAUAUAUAUCUUCCACAAACAGUUGUACUCUUGGAUAGAUGUUUGUAUGGAGUGGCGCAUAUUUUACAUGA